AUGACUGAAGAAGGUAAGAAAUAUUUUGGAAUUUUUGUCUCAGCCUUUUUUUAUACUCCUUUUUAAACAAAAAACAAAAAAACUACUGUGAUUACUUUUCUUCUUCUUCUUCUUGGGUUUUCUUUUUUCAGUUCCUCUUUGCAUGAUUUCACUGACAUAGCGUGAUGUGCUGCCAUACUUCUUAACGUUUUUAUCAACUCGCAUUUGCUGUUUCUUUUUUUAUUGCCAUACAGCAAAUCAGUUUUGCUUUCACAUAGCACACACUUCCACUGAUCGGCACUUUUAAAACUUUGUUCUUCAUGCAAACCUGAUUAUGUCCACAGCAAGCCCUACUGAGUUCAGUGGGACACAGUCCCAUCUAAGUGUGUAAAAAGACCGCUGUCUAAAUGUGCCUAGAUUUAUUAACGCAAGACACAAUGAGACUUAUUAAUCACACUUCUCAUUUCGGAUAUAGCAAGGCUAGGAGGUGACCUUUUGAUUUUGCAAACACCUACGUGCAAAUCGUUCAGAGCUUCAUAAAAAUAUUUGGCUAAUUGAUGUGAGUGUUUUCAUCGAGGUUAGGUGAUGUUGUGCAAUCCACAUUAACAACUGAGAUAUAGUUUACACCUGUGCAGCCAUUUUAAAAAUGUAAGCUAUGCCAGUUAGCAGUUUGCUCCAUCUUGUCAGCACACGCAGUCCUUAUCCUUAUCACACUGAGAACCAGUGAGGUGUAGUGGUUAAGAGCGGUAGACUCGUAAUCUGGUGAACCGGGUUCGAUUCCCUGCUCCUCCACAUGCAGCUGCUGGGUGACCUUGGGCCAGUCACACUUCUCUGAAGUCUCUCAGCCCCACUCACCUCACAGAGUGUUUGUUGUGGGGGAGGAAGGGAAAGGAGAAUGUUAGCCGCUUUGAGACUCCUUUGGGUAGUGAUAAAGCGGGAUAUCAAAUCCAAACUCUUCUUCUUCUUCUUAUCCAAAGUUUUUGAUGGACAAAUGAGAGAUAGGUGAUGCUACUAUCGUCUCCUCCCCAUGGCUGAACCAAAGGUGGAACUGCACUGAGAGUUCUUGCAAUCCUAAUGCAGGGAGGGGGCAAUUGCAAGGAAGAAUCCAUGGAAGGAAGUGAGGCACUUUCCUCUUCCCUCUCUCACUAAUUUGGUCUGAAUGGAUCUCGAACGGGAAGUAAGAUUGGCAUUUUGCCACAAACUAUGUCCAUUGUUGGACACGGGUGGUGCUGUGGGUGAAUCGGAUGACAGAGGCAAAGACAAAUUCUCCUUGUAGCUCGUGACUCCUGAGCUCUUAGGGCUCCUGUAGCACUGGAAAGUGGGACGUGGGUGGUACUGUGGGUUAAACCACAGAGCCUAGGACUUGCCGAUCAGAAGGUCUGCGGUGCAAAUCCCCACGACGGGGUGAGCUCUCGUUGCUCGGUCCCAGCUCCUGCCUAACCAGCAGUUCGAAAGCACGUCAAAGUGCGAGUAGAUAAAUAGGUACCGCUCCAGAGGGAAGGUAAACGGCGUUUUCGUCUGCUGCUCUGGUUCGCCAGAAGCAGCUUAGUCAUGCUGGCCACAUGACCCGGAAGCUGCACGCCGGCUCCCUCGGCCAAUAAAGCGAGAUGAGCGCCACAACCCCAGAGUCAGCCACGACUGGACCUAAUGGUCAGGGGUCCCUUUACCUUUACCUUUAGCACUGGAAAAGUCUGUUGUGUGGAUGGGGCUGGCUUUUCAAAUGCUUCUGGACUUCAGCUCUCAACAGACCCAGUCAACAUGGCCAGUGGUCAGGGAUGGUGGGAUUUUAGAUUAACACUGCCAGGUUCCCCUCCCUUGCUCUCUUGAGUGUCAUGCUAAGCGGCUGAAAUGAGCACUUUCCCCAUUAUGGCCCUGGCAGUCAGUGCAACCACUGGCUUUGUUGGGGGGGUGGGGGUAGGCACAACUGCCUGUCCGUGAGUCCCUCUGGCUGCAAGAGGAACAGGUAUGAUCUUGCAAGAGGACCCGGCCAAUAGGACCAGAUUGUAAAUAACCUUUUCUGUUUGCGUGCCUCUUCUGAUGACUCCAUAAUCAAUCUGUAUCCAUUUUUCUACCCAUAAGUAGAUUUGUACUCUUAACCAUGUGAGGUUUUGUACCUAUUAUUUUAGAUUUGCGUUUUCCACUGCAUUAGAAUGAACUAACUAAUGAACAGAUGACAUCUCAUUAAUCGGUUCUUCAUUUCUUUUUGUAAGCGCUCUUUAUAUAGUCUGGCUUUUGUUUCUUGAAGCACCCAUUGAUCUCGCUAUUACAUUACCGUAUGUUGUAUUAAAUGCUCCUGUUUUCAAGCUGUGCCAUGUUUGCCAAGUGCAUUCUUCUGUGUCAAACCAGUACCAACUUUAAAAUACAUCCAUCGGACACUGCAAACAUCAAAUAAUAAAAAUGCUUCGGGAUGGAUGAAUCUUGCCGCUGGAGAGACGAAUUUUAUUGGUGUCCAUCAAUUGCCAUGUUUAUCUUUUAUUUGAUUACAUGAUUAUAUCCAAGCUUUAUGCCUUCAUAGAUAACCUUCUAUGUUCCUAGUCCCAGUUUUCGUUGCUUCUCUGCAUCCAGCCAUCUUCUGCUCUCCAAAAGCCUUUCAGAAAACCACAAAGGUUACAUUUUUAGAAACUAAUCUGAUCUAAGAAAGGUCUUUUGAGGGGGGCAAAAACCAUUGUUGUCUGCAUCUCAGAAACAUAAUGAAAAGGGAAAUAGAAAAGUAUUUCUCUUCCACCACUUCCCCACAAAUAUUUGGUAUUUCCCGCUGCCUACUGCCUACCAUUAUAUUUUAGCUAUAUCCUUAAAUCACUCCACUACUAAUUGAAAAGCAAUUGUUAAGAUGAAUACCGGAAGUCUGUGCUGCGGGCGGAUCCCAGCUAUAGCUGAAGACACAAUCAUGUGCUCUUCCCACCCCCCAGGCAAAGGAGUUGAAUGCGGUUGUAAAAACAGAUUGCUGCUCAGGGUACAUACAUUCUUCUUUUUCUUUUUUUUACUUUCACCUCUUCUACAUAAGCUUUUCAUGGUUUAGCAAAUAUGCCAAGCUUUUUUGUCCAAAGACAACAACAGAGCAAAACAAAUACAUAUAUCCAUCAUGGGAAGUAUCCUGGUUUGUGCAAAAGACAGGUUCUUAUUUUCAGAUAAAAUGGGAAACUGGUUUGCUGCAAACUCUGGGUUGUUUUACUACAUUCAAUUUGAAUCAGACACUGGUCCGUGGUGUUCGCUCAGCCAGUUCCUGCUCAUUAUCAAAAUUCAUUAUCAAUACAGAGAAAAUUUAUUGUAGGAUAAUUACAAAUGUCAUGGAGUUAGGUCUCUGAGUUGCAUAAAGGUCUUAUUGGGUUAAAGUAUUUUAUUGAUUAAUUGAUAAGUAAAUAGCGUAUGAUUUGUUGGCUGCAUUUUAUUGUUUGUGUCAUAUAAUAAUAAUAAUAAUAAUAAUAAUAAUAAUAAUAAUAAUAAAUUUUAUUUAUAUCCCGCCCUCCCCAGCCAAAGCCAGGUGUCUUAAAACUGUUGUACGCUACCUUGAGAUUCUCAGAGGAAGGAAAAAGAAACAUUUUAAUUAUCCCCCCCCCCCCGUUGCAUGAGUGAAUCUCCAAUUCCUCUCCGUCCCCCUUGUGGUAUAACCCCCCUAUCUGUUCCAGAGGGUUGGGGGAUCCUCUGGAAAAGAUUUUGGGGUCGGCUGGUGGGCUAUAGGGGGAGGAGAGGAGCAGGAAGUCCCAUUGCUCAUGCAGAAGUCAGUUGUGCAUUCAGACAGAUAUCAUUGGUAUUCACCCCUAUAUUUACUAGGUAGGCUCUAGCUUGAGAAUGAUUUUGCCACAAUUAAUGCAUUAGUCUCUGGGCUGCCACAGGCCUCUUAGGCUGCAAUCCAUUUAAUUUAGUGAGAUCUAGUGUAAACUUGCAUAGGAGUGAGCUGUUAGUUGUCUCUUCUGGAAUUUGUCUCCUAGGAAUGGGAAAAAAAAGGCGAAGCAUAGCAGUCAUCCUAUUAAUAAAAGUUGGUGUUAAUUCUGACAGGUUUCUUCAUUCAGCGUUAAUUGAAACCAAAUCCAUGUGCCCCCUUGGUCUAAGGUGCUGUCUCUCAGCCUUGCAGGAGCUUCUGAUGAUACAAAUGCACACGCAAUACUAAGCCACCGUUUUGCAGCUAUUCAAGUUGGAAGAUAUAAGUUCAGCUUGCUGUUUCACGGUGCAAGAAGCUGAGGCAGUAACAGGAAUCUGCCACCUCCGAUAGCUGUGCUUUAACAAAUGUGGUUUUUUCUUUCUUUCAGGAAAGUUCAAAGAAAGGGCAUCUAUUCUUCAUAAGAUGGCCAAAAAGUGUCAGGUGGAGGAUGGUGAAAAACGGAAUGGAAGUGCUAAUCAUGCCGGUAGGCAAAACAUAAUAAUAUUUAAUUAUUUCGUUUGCAGAUAUGUGAAUAGAUAUCAAAGACCAGCUCACAUAACAUAACACAAUAAUAACAGCAUUCAUAAAGAUAAAAUAUACAAUCGGAGCAGAUUGCAGCAUUCGCUCAUGAGUUAAAAUUGAGAUAUAUACAUACACCCGUACAACUGAGAUUUGGGCUAGCAUAAAAAAAAUUGACCCUGAGGCGCCCCAAAGGGGAACUUCAGCAUUUCCCUAGUAAGCUAUUUUAUUCUAGAGGAUGAUCUGUGCCUACAAAUCUGGGCGCAGAAUCUGGCUACCAGCCAGGUCGUCUUACGAUCUUUGCCUAAGAGGAGAGAAUUAAAUAUGUGAAUAGAAAUGCUAUAGAGUACUUUACUCAAGAAAAUACCGCAUUUUUUAAAAAAUGAGGUAAUACCUAUGUAUUUAUAGUAUAAUUGCAAAAUAGCAUGUGCUUUUUUUGUUGCAAAGAAACCUGCAGCUGUUCUGCACAAGAUGGAUGGGUCUGGCAUUCUCAUCUGUCUUCCAGUGCAGACAUGCUUCCCUUGGCUUCUUGGUAUAUGCGGUGCAACUGUGUUCACCAAGUUGAAAGCAGCAGUGAAAAACAAGCUUUCCUUCUGCAACAUCUUUUUUCCAUGCUUGAUUUUAUUUAAGCUUAGAUCAGCAGUGGGAACAGCAGCCCACCGGCCUAAUUAGGCCCAGCAAGCCAUUUCCCAAACCAGACACACCUGCCCACAUGAUGUGUGAUGCAGUGACAGUGAACCCCUUUGAAGGUAUCACCUGACGUCAUACUAGAAUCAGCUGAUUGACAGCUGGGCAGUCCCACUCAACCAGUUCCCCUCCCCUCCCCUGGUUUAGAUAAUCCUCUGUGAUCACACAGGCUAAUGAUGGUCAACAAGUUGGCUCAUUUGCAACCCACCAGCUAAUACACGCGUAUGUCCCCCAAUUAAGGGAUAGACCCGCAUCCCUCAUCCACAUUCUUCUAGAGACUGGCUAGGAGUCAGAGAAUAUACUGCAGAAUAAGCAGUGCCUUUUAUGCCUUCCUCCUUCACCUGUUCACGAGUCUUUAAAUUGUGGUGUGUGUGAAUUGCCCAGGUUUAUCCUUGCACCAGUCAGGUCUAGCAGAAUGGGAACUAGGAGAAUCCCAAAGCACUGCAAAUUCUUCCUCUCUUGCGACAUAAACGCUUAUGUAUGGGCAAAGAGGAGCAAAUAACAGAGCUUCUCUCUGCCAGUUUCAUCUCCUGAGCAGUUCUACCUGAGGUCCUGGGAGUUGGCUGUGUCUGUAAGAGGCAGAUGCACGAUAAGAGACUAAUUCGCUCUGGGUGAGCAGCUGUGUAAACAAGGAGGUGAUUAAUUAAUAGACUUGAUAUUGGAGCAAAGAAGGUAAAGAUUACAAAGAUAUUAUAUUAAACUCUGUUAGCAUUCAGUUUGACUCUCCUUUAAAUGCCACUGGCUUCAGUAGGUUUAAGCUAGACUAUUUUUGUCUCAAACUAACUCUUAUAUCAGCUAAUUAAAUACCAGUGCUUAACUGUUCAAUGAGUUUACAGAUUAAUGGUUGAAAAGUAACUGAUAUGUUCUCAGUUUUGCUUACGUUUUGUUUUUUAAUUUCUGGAAUAUGCUUCAGGUGCCCCAAACGCUGCAAAAGUCGAAGUUGAAGUGACACCACCAAAUGAUGGAGCUAUGCAAAACGGAACGGCUGUUGGAGCAGUAGAGGUUGCUAUCUUAUUCCUUCCCCUUCUCCCCCCUGUCUCCUCCAUCCCUAUUUAUGCAUGAUUUCGUGAUGCACAGGAAGUACCAUAAAAGGGCAAAGAGAUUCAUAAAAUUAUGAAACACUGGAGAGAGAGAGAGAGAGAGACUCUUCUUCUUCUUCUCUUCUUCUUCUUCCUCCUCUUCUCCCUCCUCACAAGAAUUCAGUCCUCCACAGGUAUAGCAAGUUAUCAUACGGUGUUUGUGAAUUGCAUGGACACAAGCUGUAGUGUUGGCCACUUGGUUUGAUCACUUGGCCAUUAGCUUUAUGCCCUCCUCACACACCCCUUAGAAACAUCCAGCUGGUCACUGUUGCAAACAGAAUUAUGGGUGUAGGCCACGGAUGGGGAAGUUGUGGCCUUCCAGAUGUUGCCGGACUUUGGUGCCUGUCCUCGCUGACAAAGGACUAUGCUGGCUCAUCUUCCUCAUCCCUGGACAAAGUGGGCCUUUGGUCCAUUUCAGUAGCACCCUUAUGUUUUCACCGUACGAAGUCUGUGGGCCCAGGGUGGGGGACGCUUACCACUUAUCAAGAUAUAACCUAUAUGCGAGAACAAUCACCUUGGAGAUUUAUGUGGUUUCACAUAAGCUGAUGCAGCAGCCGUGUCGUGUGAUACGUGGCAAACUGGCUCUCCAAAACUUCUGAGUGAACAUUUUUCUCAAGGUUGGGCCAAAGUCAGCGAUGUUUCCUUCCAGGGUGCAUUUCUCAUGCUUGCCUAGGGAGCUGCGUUCAGAUCACCUGGUUCCAUUAAUAGAGAUUCUUUCCUUGCGCUGAGGAAAACAUUUCCUCCCAAGACUGCAGCCUGUCAGCUGUGAUUAACUGGAUUCAUAAAAGGGACACGCUUGUGAGUGCUGCAACCUAACCCGCAUUCUCUCGUUUUAUUUUAUUUCUCAUUAUUUAUAAGAUUUUAUUACUACAUUACAAUUAAAAAGAUUAAUCUAAAAGAAAAAGAAGGAUACAAAGCCCUCUUUCACAGGUAAAUCUUAACUUAGACUAACACAAGUUUUGACCCAGAAUGAGUUUUUGACAAAUGGAUUCCCACUUUCAAGACUUCAUAAUUAGAGUCAUAGCAAAUAUACCUGUGGCUCCACUUUUGAUGUUCCUGAAUAGUCUUGAAAUAAUUUCAGCUUUUAAACAAGGCUGUCUUCAAAGCAGACAGACAAAAAAAGACAAAGCGCAGUGAUUUAAUUUUCCAUAUGAAUAUUGUUUUGUUAUCUUCUUGUUUACAUUAGGUAUCACCCAGGACUUUAAUUUCAGUUAAGCACUUUGAUUUCACUGGGAGAUAUUUGAGCAUCUGCUCUACUCUCCCAUUGAAUCACCAGGAUUUAAGACUGCUUAGUUUGGCCUGGAUCUUGCCCUUUGUCUGUCUAACAAGGAAGUGUUUUCUUUAAGCACAGUGAGAAAACACAAAAGGGUCUAGAACUGAAUGAAUUAAUUUGGAAGUCUUUAUCCUUCCUGUCACUCAGGCCUCAGAAAUUAUUCAGGAAGAACAGAGGCACAAGGAAGCACAACUGCAUCUCAUAGAAUAUUCUAUGUACAGUCGUCGUGUGUCUAGCAUUUUCUAAGCCCACUGGAAAAUCCUGCAGAGUCAGGAAGUCUUGUUUUCAAAAGCAAAGUGCUAUGUCUGCCUUAUUUUGAAUAAACUGUAAAGAGAAGGGACCUGACUUUUUGCAAGUCCAUACAACUGGAUCAAACCAUGUUCUCUGCCAGUUCUGCGAAAGAAGAAAUCAACAAAAAUCUGGCAUCAGAAAUGGCAACAUUUAGAAACCAGUGGGUGAGCCUUUUAAUUUCCCAGAACGCUCCACUUUUUAUAUGAAUGUUGGGAGUUCCCUGCCAGAGGAAUUUCAGAGGGAGAACAGCGUGUCAGAUAGCUGGAUUGAGACUAAUCAAGAAGUUUGAUUCCAUUCAUUUAAGCUGCACUAGAUACCAUGUUUUCCUGCCCCAGUAUAGCUGUUAAUUGACAUAGUCAAACUCUGAUGCUGCUGCUAUCAGCAAUUGCUGUUCCGUAUUUUAAGCUUUACACAGAGUUGUGGACAUUGUCAUGUAUCCCCCAGCUGAGAUUCUAGGCCACGGGUGUCAAACACAUGUGGCCCGUGUAGCCACCACCGGCCGCCAGCCUUCACCUUUUAUUCUCGCUUUUUCUUUUCUUUUUUGACACAAGAAAGCCGCCUCUUCAGCGCAUGCGCGGCAGCCUACAAGCCAGAGAACACCUGCCCUCUAGCGGCGCCGGCCGUUCUACACAGGAAACCUCCACUUUACUGUAGGACCUACAGAUACAACCGGCCCUUUGAGGCUGACCAAACUGCUGAUAUGGCCCCCGAUGAAUUUGAGUUUGACACCCCUGUUCUAGGCCAUGAAAAUUUAUACUGCACUGACAGCCCAAACCUGUACAUGUUUACUUAGAAGUAAGCACCACUGAGUUCUUUGGGACUUACGUACAGGUGAGGGAACACAGGAUUAAAGCCUUAAUCUGCUGGUCUUUCAGUAACCUUGCCAAGAUGACACAGCUGCCCAAUGGCAGGUGCUGAACUACUUGUUACACUACUUAACUCAGGCCAAGAAAAUCUUGCAAGCCUGUUCCUCAUAGCUUCUACUAAUCUGAGAGUAGUGUACUUUGCAACCAUUCAUAUUUCAUAGAGCAGCAAUGCACUCUAUUUCAUUUCCGAUAAACAAAAGCUACCACUCGCUUUCCAAAGAAAAGGCCAUGUAUUACUGUAUAUUUUCUUGCUGCUAGCAUUAGAAUGUUAUGUUCUAUAGCUUGGCACUGAGUAUGUUUGAUUUUUAAAAAGGCCAAAAGUACUACAGGAGCCGCUCGCUGAAAAAAUUAGGCUGCCCUAUGGAAGAUCAUCCAGAAAUUUUAUAUACCUUUUAAAAGCACCAUUCCCCUGUUAGAUAAGCAGUUAAGCAAGUUCAGCUGUAAUUGUUCUAACCUGUGACUUCCCUAAAAAUAACAUUCACUUUCACAUUAACAUCUCCUCCCACUCAGACGUGUUCCUUUUUUACCAGUUUCUAUGGAAACCAAAUCAGAAAUAUAUAUAUAUAUAUGCGCGCAUGCCUGCCAUGGCAAAGACAACUUCUAGUGAAAAGGGGCAAACUUAAGUCCAUAUUGUUUUCUCUGUGAUUAGUAAACAGCUUUAUUGAAUGACUAUGGCAAAGUGGGUUUUGCUUGAUACAUCAGAGAGAUAACACAGGAUUUACUCAUUUCAGGAAAAGUUCCUCUCUGGAGUGUUUUGUCUCCUUGCAAUGCAUACUGGGCCACUUUUGUCAAAAUAGCUUGACUUUUAACUAUGAAUAGUUGGCCAUUUCUCCCUAUCCCAUUAUUCCUUGGGAUCACUGAAUGUUUCUAACAAGAUAAACAGCUUUUGGGGGAGUGAAGAGUGAGAACAUGCAUUUAGAUGGUGUGGUUCUGUAGAAUUAUAUCUCUUCAACUCAUGGGUUGCAGUUCUGCUCCUAAGGUGUAUCACAUCUGUGUCAUCAGCACUGCAACCAUUGGUCAUUUAAAGUUUUUUAAGGAGAAUGAACAGACAGAAGCAGAGCAAAGGUGAAUCACAUUACUCCAAAACAUGGUUAAUACCAACAAAGUAGGCAAGGAGUGAAUUAUCACAGGAAAGGCUGGGAGCAGUAGACCAUCUCAACUUUACAAACCAGUAUAAUUACAGAGACUUUGGUAAAGGUAAAGGUAAAGGGACCCCUGACCAUUAGGUCCAGUCGUGACCGACUCUGGGGUUGUGGCUCUCAUCUCGCUUUAUUGGCCGAGGGAGCCGGCGUACAGCUUCCGGUUCAUGUGGCCAGCAUAACUAAGCCGCUUCUGACGAACCAGAGCAGUGCACGGAAACGCCAUUUACCUUCCCGCUGGAGCGGUACCUAUUUAUCUACUUGCACUUUGAUGUGCUUUUGAACUGCUAGGUUGGCAGGAGCAGGGACCGAGCAACGGGAGCUCACCCCGUCGCGGGGAUUCGAACCUUCUGAUCAGCAAGUCCUAGGCUCUGCGGUUUAACCCACAGCGCCACCCGCGUCCCUUACUUUGGUACUGGACUUUAAUUUCCCUUUGCUGGGUUGAUUUACACAAGCAAUUUUUGACUGCUUUUGGGUGGCCCCUGCUCCUCUAAUAGUGGUGUAUCAGAGAGUGAGACUUGUCAUCAUCAUCACUUUUAAUUUGUAUACCGCCUUUCUAUCUUACAAUACUCAAGGCGGUUUACAAGCUGAAGAAACAAAGAAUAUACACCUUAUAACAAUUUAAUGCAAUACAAGAAUGUAAUAAUGAAACAGCUUUAAAAUAAGCAAUCGACAUCAAAUAAAGUAACAUUCAACAAUCAUUAGAAUAGUAUAGAAUUAUAAUAUCAGCAUAUAAAAAUUAAACAGAAACCCGAUUGCAAUAAAUAAUUUCAAAUAAAUAAACAAUUGCAAUAAAUAAUUUCGAAACUACAAUCAAUAAAACAACGGCAAGCCACAGUGCAUAAAAUAAUACAAUACAAAUUGAGAAGCAAAGACUGGAGGGUGGGGCAAGGCAGGUGGAAGGCAAAUUGCAUCAGCUGAAAAUCCCUCUUCUGCAGAACUAUUAAUGGUUCAGGAGCCCUGUCCUCAUUUUCCACUGGCCAGCCAGACUGUGAGCUCAGAUCACUGGCAAGCAACCAGUUCUGAGAGUAACCUCACGCAGAUCACAGUCUCCGCGCAGGUGAUUGACGCCUGUGGCAGCUAAGCCAGUUUCCCCCAUAGUUCAUUCAGCAUUGGCAAGGUGAAGGAAUAGCUUACGCAACAUGCAGAGUGCAAACACUCCACUUCAGGGGGAAAUUGGAAUGGUGCAUUACGGCAAAAAUUCACUUACAAAAAUAUUGGAGCCUAUGAGGUUAACAUGAUGAAACAGCAACUAGACCUGCCUGAAAACAAUUUGGAAUAGGCUCCUUCGGGAGAUUGUAGACUCUCCUUCCUUGGAGGUCUUCAAGCAGAGGUUGGAUGGCCAUCUGUCAGGGCUGCUUUAGCUGAGAUUCUUGCAUUGCGGUGCGUCAGACUAGAUGAUUCUCGGGGUCCCUUCCAAUUGCACAGUUUGGUUAUUUUAUGCAUAGUAAGGUAAACGGCGUUUCCGUGCGCUGCUCUGGUUCGCCAGAAGCGGCUUUGUCAUGCUGGCCACAUGACCUGGAAGCUGUCUGCAGACAAACGCCAGCUCCCUUGGCCAAUAAAGCGAGAUGAGCUCCGCAACCCCAGAGUCGGUCACGACUGGACCUAAUGGUCAGGGGUCCCUUUAACUUUACCUUUUUAACUGAGUCACGCUGCUUCAAAAUUGCAGCAAAGCUACUCGGUUCAGCAGGGCUGUUGCAAACUGCUGCUGCUAAUGCAGGAAGACGGCAACAUCACGGUCAACAACAACAACAACAAUUUAAUAUUUAUACUCCGCCCAUGUGGCUGGGUUUCCCCAGCCACUCUGGGCGGCUUCCAACAAAACACUAAAAUAUAAUAACCUAUUAAACAUUAAAAGCUUCCCUAAACAGGGCUGCCUUCAGAUGUCUUCUGAAAGUCUGGUAGUUGUUUUUCUCUUUGACAUCUGGUGGGAGGGCAUUCCACGGGGUGGGUGCCACUACUGAGAAGGCCCUCUGUCUGGUUCCCUGUAACUUGACUUCUCACAGUGAGGGAACCACCAGAAGGCCCUCGGCGCUGGACCUCAGUGUCCGGGCUGAACAAUGGGGAUGGAGAUGCUCCUUCAGGUAUACUGGACUGAGGCCAUUUAGGGCUUUAAAGGUCAGCACCAACACUUUGAAUUGUGCUUGGAAACGUACUGGGAGCCAGUUUAAAGCAAGACUAUUAUGGACCAAAACACAUGUUAAAGUAUAUCCUAAUUGGGAUUUAGCAUUUCUGUAGCCUGUACAGGAAUCCCAUUUUCCCCAUCAUUAAAACCAUUGCAGAGUUGUUUAGAUUAAGAAAUAUUAAGUAGGUGCAAGGUUUUUACGGCUGAAUUGUAACUGAUUCUCCUAUCCGAACAUUCUACGUAGUGAAUAGCCUCUAGGCUAGAAAAUGAGUUUUCACAGUACAGGUGGUCCCCCCCCCCCAAUCCUUUGUGAGCACAUGCAACAUUGAAUGGGCUCUGCACUAUAGAACACAGAAUCACACAUUCUGGGCACAUGCUCCAUUUUUUCAAAGCACGUUUUUAGCCCUUAUUGCUGAACAUGAAUGGGAAAUGUUUGGUGAAUGUUCAGGACCUGGAUGGGAAAGAGGAGGGAGAAAUUUUGAUUAUUCAGUGCUCUGUCAAGUUUUUUGCUGCUCCCCAUUACUUGCAGAAGCAAAGCAAAUUCAGUGAAAUAAGUUUCUGCUUCUUUGCCAUCCAAAAUCUGGGUUAUAUAAUAUUGCAAAAAAAAAGUUUUUUGUUUUUUUUUAAAAGGAAAUUCAGUGAAAAGUGUACAUAGUUUGGACCCAAGACUGAUUUGUAACUGUUACCUUUCUUAUAUCACAAGAUGCUAAAACUUGUAUAGCUUUUAUGCUGGUAUUAUUAUUAUUAUUUACCACCCUUUAUCUGAAAAUCCCAGGGCGGUGUGCAACAUAAAAAGCACAACUUUCCGUUUUGCAGCCAAAUUAACAUUAUUGCAAUUUCUCUCCCUUGUAACAGGAAGAGGAGGAUGAAGAUCAGCCCCUCAGCCUGGCCUGGCCCGACACGCCCCGCAAACAACUCACCUAUCUGGCUAUUCUCCCCAUCGUUUUCCCAUUAUGGGCUACCCUGCCUGACGUCAGAAACCCUGUAAGCAGUGCAAUGAUUAUUCCCUUCUUGUAUAGGAUUUGAAAUAUUGGGUAUUGUCAGGGAACUGCCAUCAGCUCAGAGGCGAGAGGGGGAAGGGCAGCUGGAUUGCGGAGAGCCUCCAAAGAUCGUGGGAAGCAGCACCUCCUCAGCGGAGGAAGGAAGCCCCGCCUCUAGUGGGGAAGAGCUGCAGGGCUCGGAGGAUGCAAGGCAGUGCCAGGACACCUUGCCUGAGCGAAGCAGGGAGGAGGGAGGUCCUCUUUUACCCAAGCCUUCCCUGCGCAGUAGGCUUUCGCGCAGAGAGGGGAGGCGUCGGCUGGGGGUCAAGAGACUACUCUGCUGGGGAAAGUUUAAGGACCGCCCACUCUCAGAUUCUGCUAGUGAGUGAGCAAGACAUGGAAUAGAGGCGUUCUGCAUUGCAAAUGUUUUGCUCCAAUAAUAAAGCCUUUGAAAAGACCAGUGAGGGACCUUGCCUGAUCGCUCUUGAGCAACCACACCAAUAGACAUAACAGGUAUCUUAAGUAGCAGAUCUUCUCAAGAAGUGUACGGUUGUUAGGGAUCUGUAACUAAGUUCAUGAUCCCUUUGCCUCCGUUAAAUUUCCUGGUGGAGAAAAUACCCGGCAAGAGUUGCUGCGGGAAAUGACAUUUGGUUUGAGCCGUUCUUAACCUGGCAGACAAUAGCUGUGAAUAUAUUGCCAUUUACCUAUGUAAAUAUUUAAUGGCAACCUAUAAAAUACGGCAUGAAUAGUCCUUUCAUGUUGAUCCCUGUGGCUGUUUCUUUAGAUGUCUAUUAUCAGUACAUAUGCAUAAGAAAUAGUCCCCCUUGGAUUCUGCAGGCGCCCAACAGUUUGUGUAUCCUUCAGUCCCCUCUUCUGCAGAAGUUUCUGCAUUCAUUUGGAUAAAGUAUUUUCCAUAAUAGAAUCAAGGGAGCACACCAGUUCUUUCCUGGAAAGAAAUUCCGUUUUUUGUUUUUUGUUUUUAAUUUCAGUGGAGCUUCCUUCCAUGCAAAUAUAAAAAGCUUCACAGCCUAAGAUUGUGCAUGUUUCGUUUCUCACCUUUAGAGCCAAGCAGCCUGCCCCUCCCAAGUGAAGUUGUAGCCCCUCCAUUUACUAUUUUGUAUUUUCUUCAGUGGGACGCGGGUGGCGCUGUGGUUCGAAUCCCCGCAACGGGGUGAGCUCCCGUUUCUCGGUCUCUGCUCCUGCCAACCUUGCAGUUCAAAAGCACAUCAAAGUGCAAGUAGAUAAAUAGGUACCACUCCGGCGGGAAGGUAAACGGUGUUUCCAUGUGCCACUCUGGUUCGCCAGAAGCGGCUUAGUCAUGCUGACCACAUGACCCGGAAGCUGUACGCCGGCUCCUUCAACCAAUAAAGCGGGAUGAGCACCGCAACCCCAGAGUCGGUCAUGACUGCACCUAAUGGUCAGGGAUCCCUUUACCUUUAGGUUUUAACACCUUUGUAGCAUGCGCAAAUGAGCAACAAGGCAACUGGUUGCACCAUCAUACAGCGUAGACCAGGCAUGUCCAAAGUCCAUUUUGGAGGCCUAAUCCAGCCUGCCGGUCGGUUUAAUCUGGCCCCUGUGGUAGUUUAUUUCCUGAGGUAAAAUCCUAAAAAAAACAAAAGCUCAACGACUUUGAGGGGAAAUCAUAAAAAAGCUCAACAACUUCAGUCCUUAAAAAAAGCCACGGUCUGUCAUUUCAUCAAAUCUGGCCCUCUGUGAAAAAAGUUUGGACACAACUGUAGACAGAUUAAACACUUAAAGAGAAAUUCUCUUGGAAAGUCAGGGCCAGUGCAAACCACCUGGGGUUGAGGAACGUACUAACUCUGAUUCAAAUGAUGUCCCUUUCCACCUUUUGUUGUUGUUGUUGUUGUUCUCAAAACCUAUUUGGGCACGUUUUCCAAAUAAAUCUUAAUUAAUUCACGUAUUUCUAGCAAUGGAUUCGUGCUGCUCAUAGGAAUAUGCUUUAAGGAACAACUCGUUUGUUUUAUCAAAAGUUAUUCGGUAGUAAUAAUGACUGUCACCCAGUUAAAGAAAUCUUAGUCCAUUAUGGAUUGGCUUUAAUCAAACUGGUAAUUCAUUCUUCAUGCUUUGGGGGACGUGGGUGUAUUUUCACAAGUGAUACCAUUGUAGGAGAGGCAUUACCUCCCGUGAAGAAUAAAUGUAUCUUCUUUGAUGGUGCCUAUCAUCUGUAGCUGCGCUGUAUUCAAAAGCUCGCUAGGCAGCACAUUUUAAUAAUGUUAAUUAUUUUUCUGCACGUACUUACACAAAAGCACUUAGAGUUAAAAUAAUUAACAUUAUUAAAAUGUGCUGCCUGAUUAUUUGGGGAGCUUUUGAAUUGAUUAACCUAAUGUUUAAAGGUUGUCGCUCUAGUUUUAAUGUAUUGCACUUCAUAAUUUAAGAGCUGAAAUGUGCAUCAAGGAAAUCUAAAUUGCUCAGAUGAAGCACUGCAUAUCAGCUGCACUGAGCCAGCUAAUCUUCCUUCAAGUUGCUGAAUCCAAUUGGUGUUGUCAGGGUGGAAAUUGGAUAUUUGCUUUAUAAAAAAAUACUUGUCAGCAUGUCCUAUUGCCAUGACGGCAGGAAAGAUGGCUAGUAAUAAAGAAGUUGCUAGGUUCUUUCCAAUACGCAUUACAAAAAAAGUCAUGCAUUUCUUCUGGAAGGAAAUGUUCAGACGGGAAAUAGCCGAUGGAUUGUUGUUGUUUAGUCGUUUAGUCAUGUCCGACUCUUCGUGACCCCAUGGACCAGAUCACGCCAGGCACUCCUGUCUUCCACUGCCUCCCGCAGUUUGGUCAAACUCAUGCUGGUAGCUUUGAGAACACUAUCCAACCAUCUCAUCCUCUGUUGUCCCCUUCUCCUUGUGCCCUCCAUCUUUCCCAACAUCAGGGUCUUUUCCAGGGAGUCUUCUCUUCUCAUGAGGUAGCCAAAGUACUGGAGUCUCAGCUUCAGGAUCUGUCCUUCCAGUGAGCACUCAGGGCUGAGUUCCUCCAGAAUGGAGAGGUUUGAUCUUCUUGCAGUCCAUGGGACUCUCAUGAGUCUCCUCCAGCACCAUAAUUCAAAAGCAUCAAUUCUUCAGCGAUCAGCCUUCUUUAUGGUCCAGCUCUCACUUCCAUACAUCACUACUGGGAAAUAGCCGAUGGAUAGUUUCAACUAAUCCUUUCAGAACCCUUUUGCCAUGCCCUCUCUCACCUUAGAGAUGCAAAGAUCUUGUGGAAAUGUGCUUCCAAGACACAGGGGCAUUUCAAAACUAGAGGAGGGGGGUAACAACAUUCAGCAAAUUGCAAGGGCCGGCUCCUGGAUGCAUUAAGGAUUAAAUUGUGAAAAGGUUUAUUACAGGAGCAUUUCUUCUGAUUAUUUCUGUUUGCCUUGAGGGAUUAAGUCAGAAGGAUAAAAAUGUGGUUGGGGUGGAUUGGCCAUGCACAUAGAAGCAAAACAGAUUAUACAUCUGGGUAAAUUUCAGUAGAAUGCCUCAUUUUGUGGACUUUGGACUAAACUAGUAGCACCUCUACUUACUGUUCCCAUUCUUUCUGUUUUUCAGAGCUCAAAGAAGUUUUUCCCCUUAACGUUUUUCGGAUCGAUCUCUUGGAUAGCAGUAUUUUCUUACCUAAUGGUCUGGUGGGCACAUCAAGUAAGUGAAAGAUACGUCUCUGUUUUGUGUGUAACCCUUCCCGUCUGAAAAUUUCACUAUAUCGCAAGCUAACUUAACUUGAUACAUCUAAUGGCUUUUUUUACUCUGCUUCUGUACCUUGACGAUACAACUAGUAGAGUGAGAUGAAGCUCUGGGUGUAAGGAUGGGGGACAGAAGCUGUUUUUUAUUUAGUACUGUUAUUUAAGACCUUCCGGGGCAACUUAAAACAGGAAAGGGAUAUGGAGCUGAAUAACAAUACCAUAAAAUAAGUAAAACAGCCAUUUCAGCAUAAAAACAGAACAGGGCACUGAAGAAACCCACCCUGGAAAAAUAAAAAGGUCUUCAGCUGGUGCUGGAAAGAUGCCAGACAAGUGGUGCCACAAUCGAAAAGGCCCUGUAUCCAAUCACGGCCCUCUUCAUUUGAAAAAGUGCUAUAGAUCUGGAGAAGAACCUCUGAGGAUAAUUUUUAUAUCCAAAAAUAUAUCUAUGGAGUUGGGGAGCUAAAAUAGCACAGUGCUCAAAAGCAAAAUCAGCAGCAGACCUAACAGCUUGAAGAAUGCCAGACCAGCUAAGGGACCAGGUAACAAAUGCUGAAAGCCCCUUGAAAGAUAAUCAUCGGUGUUAUUAGGUCAAUAAGGAAAGCUCUCUUCAUAGAUCAGUUAAGACUGAAUAUGGACUCACCAAAGAGCAAAGGGAAGGUCUGCUUGCACAUGUAAGCGUUCUUCCUCCUGGGGACGUCAGCCCUGAAUUAAGCACACAGAGAGACUAGAGCAGGCAUAGGCAAACUCGGCCCUCCAGAUGUUUUGGGACUACAACUCCCAUCAUCCCUAGCUAACAGGACCAGUGGUCAAGGAUGAUGGGAACUGUAGUCCCAAAACAUCUGGAGGGCCAAGUUUGCCUAUGCCUGGGCUAGAGUAUACUUCUCUACUCUGCUAAGUAAAGUAUGUUUCGCAAAGAAGUGUUUCUCGCUUCCACGAUUUCAGCUUAUUAUUUUGUGUUUAGGUGGGAGAAACCAUUGGCAUCAGCGAAGAAAUCAUGGGUCUGACGAUUUUAGCUGCUGGCACAUCGAUCCCUGACCUAAUUACCAGUGUUAUUGUGGCACGUAAAGGCCUGGGGGACAUGGCGGUGUCCAGCUCUGUCGGAAGUAACAUCUUUGACAUCACUGUGGGGUAAGUACUGUUUUUCUUUUUUUUUAAAGCGGCAACACUCAAUUUUAACUUAAGCCACAGAUUAAAACUUUACACUACAGUUAUUAGUUGCAGUUCUUGCUUGCUACUUUGGGGAAAAGAUGUAAAUUAGAAAUACGAAACCUCAAGGGGAAAGUAGUUCACAGCCUGUGAAAGCUGCUCAAAGUUACUUCUCUUCAUGGAUUUGUUUAUCAUUUUUACCACUUAACAUACUAAAAAUUUCUUAAGAGGUUUACAUAGGGGUGGUAUUCAUACAUAAGGUAACGGGGUGGUAUUCAAACUAAGUCUAAAGCAGACCCAUUGAAAACAGUGAACCUGACUUUGUUAGGCACAUUCAUUUGAAAGGGUCUACUCUGAGUAAAUUGAACACCAGCUAAUAAAAUGCUCUAAAAUCUGGAUUAAAAACAAGUUAAAAUAAGACACAACUGCGUAUCACAAAUAAAACUGAGUGGUUUAUAUUAACGACCCAGCCAUGCAUAAAGGCAUGUUAAAUGUGACAUUCUUACACCAGUUGGUGUUGGCUUUAUCAUAUAGCUUUCACUGCCACCGUGUUGAUGGUGUGACAGAAUGCACUUUUGCUGCCUUUGACCACUGUCCGGAGAAUGGUGUGAUGCUCAAGGUGACAAGAGUUGGUUCUCCUUUCAGUGGACCUCAGCCAGCAACCUCCUCGUCAUCUUCUGGCGCAGAAAACACUUCGCCCCAUCUAAUGCACUUGUUGUUGUUGUUUAGUCAUUUAGUCGUGUCCAACUCUUCGUGACCCCAUGGACCAGAGCAUGCCAGGCACUCCUGUCUUCCACUGCCUCCUGCAGUUUGGUCAAACUCAUGCUGGUAGCUUCAAGAACACUGGCCAACCAUCUCAUCCUCUGUCGCCCCCUUCUCCUUGUGCCCUCCAUCUUUCCCAGCAUCAGGGUCUUUUCCAGGGAGUCUUCUCUUCUCAUGAGGUGGCCAAAGUCUUGGAGUCUCAAUUUCAGGAUCUGUCCUUCCAGUGAGCACUCAGGGCUGAUUUCCUUCAGAAUGGAGAGGUUUGAUCUUCUUGCAGUCCAUGGGACUCUCAAGAGUUUCCUCCAGAUUCUAAUGCACUACCAUUCUCCAAAGAAAUGUUUCCGUGCUCCCUACUGAUAGCCUUUCCAAUGUCGCUUGUGAGCUAAAUCACACUGUCUUCCAGUUGCUAGCAAAGCCUUUGCAAAAGCGUUUCCAAUAUUGUCUGCCUCUCUCUUUGCCCAACAGCCUUCCUCUGCCAUGGCUCCUCUACGCUGUGAUCAACAAUUUCGUCCCCGUGGCCGUGAGCAGCAAUGGGCUCUUCUGCGCAAUAGUCCUCCUUUUCAUCAUGCUGCUCUUCGUCAUCCUAUCCAUUGCGGCUUGCAAGUGGAGGAUGAACAAAUUCCUGGGCUUCACCAUGUUUGGGCUUUACUUUGUGUUCCUGAUCGUCAGCGUCCUUCUAGAAGACAGGAUCAUCGUGUGCCCUGUGUCUAUUUGA